UCCAUAUAUGGAUAUAUAUUGCACAAUCCAUAAGAGCAAAUACACGACGCUAAAGCGCAAAUACAUGACGAUAAAGAGCAAAUACACGACGUUAGCAACAACAAAAAGUCAAAAUGGCUGCUCGAAGGAGUCAUUCGAUUUCUGAGCGACAUCCAUCUGUGUACUGUGAUAAUGAAACUUGUAGUCCUCUUAUUGUACGUUGUGGUCGAAAUGACUGUGGCGCUGAAAAAUGCAAUGGAGAGAUGUAUCAUUGUCCUUUGUGUCCUCCUGAAAAAUUUUCAAAAGAAAUUCCAUCAAGAGUAAAAGAACACUUUAAAAGCGUCCACUGGGAAAACAGGAUUCAUGAAUUUGAAGGUUUUGACAUUCUGAGGUGUAAGCUGUCAUGUACUUUUGCAUCCAAACGACAUGGCUCAGAUGUCAAGCAUUUCAAAGAUGUUUCGCACUAUCACUGUUUUGGAUGUAAUUCUGGAUUCAAGCGUCGCAAUGAAGCAAUUCGACAUAUAAGAAGUGCACAUGAUUUACAGCUUUCUGUUGUAGAGUUUGGUUCGGGGAAACAACAACAAUGUUCUCAAAGUCAACUUUCUCCACAUAAAGUAGCCCAACAGCAAGUACCUCAAAACCUACCAUUUGAGCAGCAAAUGCAUCAAACUCAGUUCCCUCAAGUUCAGCAGCAUCAGCUGGAGCACCAAGUGACCACUCAGCAUCUCACACAGCUGCAAACACAGCAACAACAAGAGCAAUUUCUACAUAUGCGGCUAUCUGAGGAAACACACCAACAAAGCAGCACAAACAUAGAAAUGUCUGAGGUUCAACAAUAUCAGGAGUUUUCUUACAUGCCUGCUCAGUCUCGUUCAAUGCGACAACAACCACCCAGAGUUAAAUGUCCUUUCCGGACUGUAAACGAGAAUUUCAUCCAAAUUCCCUUUCAAGCCACAUAA